ACUUCAUGAAUCAUCAUUGUACUUCCUUGUAUUUGAUUGUUAUCAAAAAGGAAUUUUAUCAUUUUAUGUAACUCACAUGCAUUUUUGAAGAUUGUAUAACCAAAAUUAACUAUUUUGGCAUUAUUGAAUGUUAUUUGUGCCCCCUUGAAAGGGACAAGUUGCACAAAAGUAUAAAACGAUUUGCUUCUGUGUAAAUAUUCUGCGAAGAAAACUGUCAUUCUGUUUUGAGAAGGGAAGGGAAAUGUACACUUCACCUGCAUACAAACGAGAUAAUUCACAAAGGAUUGAUAAUCAACCGGAGGCAAGAUAAAUAAAUAAUGUGGAAUUAAAUUCCGAAAAUAAAAAAAGAAAUAGAUGAUACGAUGUAAAAUUGUAAACCUCCUUACGCUUUUCAUUCUCACGGAUUUGAACAGAAGUGCAAUAACCCAAAUUACAUCUCAACCCUCCUCCAGUGUAUUUACCUCAUCCAAACUGAAAAUAUUCCCCACUCCACAGUCUUCCAAUCCACUAACUGAUAUAUCAAUCCAAACUAAAUUUUCAGACAAAAAUCAAAAUGAUCAAAGCAUCAAAUUCAACAAAGAAAUAACUUAUACAAUUGUUGAAGAAUCGAAUGUUCCACAAUUGAUUGGUGAUUUAAUAAAUGACUUUAAUUUAAACAAGUAUCUCUUACGCCAUGUUUUAAAUGAACCGCGUCAGUCUCCAAUGCAUACUAGUAAUAAUCAAAACAAUCAGUCUAAACAAAUGCUUAGUAUUGACUUGAUAGCAAAUCAUUAUCAAUCAACACAGUAUACAGAUGCCGAUCUCCCACGACUUCAUUUAUUCCCCUCGAAUCAAUGGAGUGCUGAAUAUUUCCAUAUAAAUUAUCAUAAUUUAUUUAAACAAGAAUUGAUACAAAUUAAAAGGCUAGAUCGUGAUCGUUUAUGUCAGUUGAAUGAUUUCAAUAAAACCACAGAACACCAAAAAAAUCAGCAACAGCUAAAACACUACGAUACAUGUAUGUGUUCAAGUGAUAUUUGUUCAACAAUUUAUAGUCAAAAAUUGAAAUCAUCAGCGCUAUCAUUAUUAACUCGUGUUGAAACAUUGAACGGUAGAGGGAAAAUUGAAUCCGGUGAAUUAGCAUUAUUACUACCUUAUUGUCAAUUUAUAAUGACUUUAGCUAUAAAUCUAUUUCAUACUGGUAUGGAAAUAUUUACUAUACGGAUAAAAUUAUUAGAUUUAAAUGAUAAUUACCCAAGUUUUAAACCAUUUACAAAAUAUGAAGUCCACUUUAUGGAGGACGAUCGAAUUGGUGUAAGGCGUCGAUUGCCUCUUGCUACUGAUGUAGAUAUGUGCUUGCAUUCAGAGAUAACUUAUCGAUUAGAGGCAGGUGAAAGUUUCAAAGAUGAAGGAGAUUUAAUCUCUGAAAAUGUCGGCAGCCUACAUAACAACAAUCGACCUGUUAAUUUAAGCAAUUUAUUUAGUUUAAAAUUGACUGAAACAUCGAAUACGAAAGUUUUAGAGAUCCAGCUGGAGCAUACACUUGAUCGUGAAAAAAGAGACAAAUAUGAUCUUUAUUUGUUAGCAAUUGAUGAUAAUAGUAAUUUUCAUAGACGUGAAGAGAACAGGCAUACAACUACCCUUCCAAUUAUUGUAUACAUUCAAGAUGUAAAUGACUGUAAACCUGAGUUUCUUGUGAUGAAUGGAUCACACUAUACACCGGCUAAAUUGUCUGAACCUGUAUUCAAUGAAGUCGCUGAAAAUGUAGCAGUUGGAUAUAUUAUUACAAAAUUUCAGGCUAUUGAUGAAGAUUUUGGUGAUAAUGGAAGAAUUAGUUAUGAAAUGGGACAGUAUACACAUUCAAUUACAAAAUCAUUUUUUAGGUUAAAUUCCACUACGGGUGAAUUGAUUGUACAAAAUCCACUAGACAGGGAGGCAGCACCAUUCUCAACUGGUCUACAUCGUUUCACUAUCACAGCGCUAGAUCAUGGCAUCCCACAGAGAAGUUCAAAUCUAUUAAUAGUAUUACAAAUACUAGAUGUCAAUGACAACCGCCCAUUGAUACAAUUAACCGAAGAAGCAGGUCAGUAUCGACAACAUUUAUAUACGAAUCCCUUGAAUAGGAUCAACAAUAACAGUGAGUUACACAAUGAAGGGAUAAAAGAACUUUGGCGAUCGAUAGUCAACAAUAAAACCAUGACUGCAAGUUCAAUUAUUGAAAGACUUCGUAAUGUUUCACUUCAUACUAAAAUGAUUGGUAAUCAACCAAAGAAUACAAUAGCUACAUUUCUCACAGUUAAUGAUCCUGAUCUGAAUGAAAAUGGUACAGUAACCUGUCUGAUUGAAGAUCAGUUAGUCGUGUAUACAAAAAAUUAUUCAAAACAGAUUGGAUCCAAUUAUCACAGUGAUGAUUCUUACAACAAUGCAAAUAAUCAGUUUAUAUCAUUAGAACCAUUUGAGUUCGGCAGUGGAGUAAAUCGUCAAGACUGGCAAUAUCAUCAGUUUGACGACGAUAGGGAUUUUGUAAAAAGGAAACCAUCCACCGACAAUCCUGACAAUCAAAAGACAUCGUUUCCAGACAAAAGGCGGAAUUCAGUGUAUUAUUAUAAUGCGUCGACUCAAAAUACCAAUCAAUACACAUAUCAGUUAAAAACCAAGACGUUUUUUGAUCCGGAUAAGAUCUCCGACUUCUAUCUUCUUAUUCAAUGUCAUGAUCAUGGAACUCCAUCGUUGACUACCAAACAAACUGUACACGUUGAAAUUGUUGAAAAAAUCAAUGACAACAGAGAAGGGGAAUUAAAAUUUUCCUAUUUAAACCUUUUAGGCAAUUUUAUUCGUAAUGAUGUCAAUUGUGAUUACUAUUAUUAUUAUGAUUAUUCAAACAGCAUAUCACACUCAACACUUUCAGGAAUCUAUUCAGACGAUCAAUGGAUUACUGAUCAAUAUGUGAGCAGUGGGGAACAAGAAUCACAGAGUCAUCAUAAGAUGGAAUUUGUUUAUCCUUCCGCAUUGCACAGUACCCACUUUCAAGCAGUAUCAACCGUGUGUUUACUUCUUCGAAGAGAAAAUCUUGUUGUAGGUCAAAAGUUGUUCACGGUUGUGGCAAAAGCUGAUGGUGAAAAAAGGGAGGAGAAUUUUCAAAUUAUUUAUGAACUGAUUCAAGAGAUACCUGAUGGAAAUACCUUCGUCAUCGAUUCAAUAUCUGGUACAGUCCAGUUACGAAACAAUCAGCCUCUUCUAACUGACCAUCGGCCAAUUAAGAAACAAUUGAUUAUACAAGCUUCAAAAAUUGGCACUCUUUACGACUACUCAAAGCAUUUAAAUCAUAAAAUCCGAUUACUACUUAAUCUGACAAUCAGUAGUGGUAGUAUUAGCGAUAAUCAGCUAACAGAAACCUCUUCAACUUCACUGUCAGUCCAUCCAAAAGCUAACAGUCGAAUUCACCUGAGAAAGGCAUUCCCUAAUAAUUCAUUUAUAGUCUACUCAAAUCAUACCUAUGAGUGUUAUACUCCAGAAUCGGUCUCACCAGGAAGUCCUGUACUACUGAAUACAAUAGUAUAUUGUGUCAGUCCUUUUACCAAUAUCUCUGAAGCCAGCAACCAUUUGGAUAAACGGUGUGAAUUAAAACUAACUGAAAUCGACUCUACACCUCUGUUAUCCGACAACAAGCAUUUCUAUCUAUCACCCAAUAAAUUCUUAUGUGACAGCUACUCGAACGAGUUAUGCACAGGCUACACAAUCUUGACACAGUAUCCACUUGAUCGUGAGCAACAAGAUCGACACAUUUUCACGUUAACAACAACGUCAUUAACUCACCGGAAUCACGCCUUCACAAAUCCAACUGAGAAUUCAGUGAAAAUUAUACUUCAUGUACAAGAUGUGAAUGAUAAUUCGCCAACAUUGAAAGAACCUUUCUAUUCAACCAGGAUUUUAACACCACCAGUCAAAAGUUUAAUUAUCAAUCGAAUGACUUUCAAUCCUCCAUAUUACAUAACCAAUAUAUCUAUAUCAUAUAAAGUACCACAAGGUUAUGUAAUUAUUCAAAUGAAUGCAGAAGAUAAAGAUAUUGGUGAGAAUGCAAGGCUGAGUUAUACAAUACAUCAUAUAUGGUCAUUUCCAGAGACUGGUUAUGAAGGCAACAGUCAAAGAUGGCACGGUAAAUCUUUUAUUGUGUUGAAUUCAAACACAGGAAUUUUGAGUACAACAAGACAAUUAUUGUUGAGUGAUGUAGGAAGAUAUAUUCUAUACAUCACAGUUCAAGAUCAUGGGAAACCUCAACCGCUGAGCACAAAUUCUAUUAUAUACCUUAAUAUAUUACCUAUGGAAAUAUAUCAAAGACCAGUGAAUGACUUACCUGAUUCUCUAUCAGGAAGUCAUACUUUAUCCUCAUCCUCCUUGCAUUCCUCCUCCUCUUCUUCUGCAUCAAUCCAUCAAUUUAAUACAGAUGAAUAUGAUCCAGGAGGAUUCGGCGCUGAUCACCUUCUUCAUUUAUCAUCACAAUCUUCAGAAUCUUUAAAUAAGCAUCAUAAUUCACUAUUAUGGCCUACAACAAUUGGUAUUGCGUCGACAAUUUUCCUUCUAAUUAUCACUAUAAUUGUUAUCAUUAUUCUAUAUCGUGUGAAAUCUAAAUCUGCAAAUGCUGAACAAGAGGAAGUAAAACUUGACGAAAUCAAUCACGUCAAUACCUAUAAUUUAGAUAUCAGUCGAUUGUCUGUAGACCAGAACAACACAACAUAUUUACCUCAAUAUGAAACUGACAUUUUAUUAAAUUAUAUGGAUCGAAGUAAAUGUAACAGUCCGAAUGGAUCCAUUCCAACAGGUUAUAUUCAUCCAAAUUUAAGCAGCGCAGCAUCACUGAACAUAUAUUAUCCUAAUUCGUCAAAUGUAUAUGAUACAAGCUCUUUCAAUGAGUUAACUAAUCCAAAUCUUCGAUAUCAACAAUUCAGUGCCAGUGAAUCAAUACAAGAUGGAAUCAGUGCGCCAGUCCACUAUUCACCGAUCAGUCAUCCUUUUGUACAUAAUAUUUCUACAGAUUAUGUAACAGAGAAUCAUUAUCCAACUUUAGCGCCAACAACAGAAUCAAUUUAAUCAAAACAAGAUUAUUAUUAUUAUUACAACUAAUAUGAUUACAAUUUUUCCCAACCUCAUUAAUACUCAGAUUAUAAAUUUAUCCGUUUUCAGAAUGUUGAAUAAUUAAUUUUAUUCCAG